AUGAACAACACAACAGGCAUCACGACUGCCGCUGCCCGACUUGUUGGAAUAGCAGAUGAGGCAAUUCGAUUCUUUCAGCAACUUGAUCGAAAUACCAACUCUGUCUCGAAACGUGUGCAGCAGCUUGAGAGUUUUUCAAGAUUAGCCAGGGAGGUUGAGCUGAAACCUUCAGCCGAGGACCACAAUGACGAAGAACAUCUUGGUCUGACCAGACAAAUCUUAGUUUACUGCUACAAGCUCAUUAGCAGAAUUCUCUCUCAGCUUGAAUGGGUUGAUAAUGGUGGUAGACACACUUCUACUCAGCAAGGACUACUCGGGGUCUACGCUGAGCUGAAUGAUCGGGAAUUUAAGGACCUUUUUGAAGAGUUGCAUAGGGAGCAGCUAUGCCUCGUAGCUUUUCGAAAUUCAAGGUUGAGGCCACUCUCUGAUAGUCGUCCUUUGGAAUAUUCUCAAACUUUCAAAGAUCGCGAGCGAGAGUUCUUGAGCCUUUUAUUCGUCACAGAUCCAAGAGAAGACCGCGCUGCUCUUCAGUCAAGUAAAGGGCCCAUUAUCCAAGGAACCUUUAUGUGGAUCACCGAAACAACCACUUACCGGUCAUGGCUCUCAGGCUCUGGUAAUUGCAAGGGUCUUCAUAUACAAGGCGGCGAAGGUCACGGCAAAACUAUGUUGGCGAUAUACCUAACCGAGCAACUGGAGCAGCUUUCUGCGUGCAUGUCAACCGACACAGUUUUAUACUUCUUUUGCAACCAUGGAAAUAUCAACGCCAACUCUGCCAUGGCUGUCCUCCGUGGUCUCAUUUGGCAGCUUUGCAGAUUACGUCCUGAGCGUUUACAUCACGGGCUCAAGAGAACUGUUUCAAUCGAUGAAGGGAGAAUUGUGUUGGCAACCUACUCAGUUGAAGCUCUUUGGCAAAUAUUCACCGCGAUGGUCCAGGAUCCUAACGCAGGAACUGUUACAUGUGUUGUUGAUGGACUUGACGAAUGUGAUGAGUCGUCGAUCAAGACCCUUACUGAGAGGCUCUCGGAACUGCUAUCCUCAUCGAAUCAAGACCGUCGGAAUUUUCGGGUUCUUUUGACUACGCGCCAGCCAUUCCAAAAAGACAGCUUUCCUACUGAGCUUUCAACAAUAUACCUAGACUCAGAUGCACACGAGCACAACGUCCAAGACGUACAGCUUUUUAUCAAUUUUCAUGUUUUGAAUACCGCACAUGAGAAUGGUUGGUCUCAAGACUUCCAAGAAGAGAUGAACAAGAGCCUUACAAAAAGAGCUGGUGGUUCGUUCCUCUGGGCAACCUUGGCUGUUUCUGGGAUCAAAGGGCAAGGCGCAGAUACUGCAGCAAAGUAUCUCAACGAGCUUUCAGGAGACAUCAACAGAAUCUACGAGAGUUCUCUCAUGACUGUUCCAUUCGAGUGUCGCCAAAAGGUACGAUCAAUCUUGACCUGGGUAGCCUUGGCAUACUAUCCACUGAGUCUUGAUGAAUUAAGCACUCUUAUCACCGAUGAGUUUGCCACGCCAGACACUGCUUUUAUAAACAUGAAGGCUUAUUUGAGUUACUGUGGGACUCUCCUUAUGGCCAAGACAGAGACGAGGAGAUCUGGUUCUGGAUACGAAACCAUGGAAACCAUUCAGCUCUCCCACCGAUCAGUCAGAGAUUACCUACUUCAACCUUAUGUUUUACGAACUGCAACGGACCCCGAUGCUGACCUUGACUUCUUUCAAAUCAUCCCUGAUAACGGCCAUGAGAUUCUCGCUUCUCGCUGUUUGGAAAUCAUGGAGAAGGGGCUUGAAGCAGAGGCUGAAAGGCGGAGCUCUAUGGAGUAUGAUCAUGUUCUAGCUUAUGCCUCAAGAUUCUGGUUCAGACACCUCGGACAAUGUCCCGAAAAGCUUUCAAAUGAGACCUUGGCAAAAAGGGCGUUGACUUUCCUAACACGAAACCAUGAAAAUCGAAGACUCUGGUUCGCUUACCUCACACAACUGAGAGAGGGACGAGAAGAUAUGUCGACCAUUCUCUCAACAGCAACUGAGCAUCACGACACGAUUGUUGGACUUGAAGAGAUCAAUGGAAGUGGUUUUAUAUUCUUUGAACACCCAAAGGAUACGACCACUGCAGCUCAGCUCCAAGGUCUCCAAUUGGCGUGUCUCCUUGGUGUUGCUGCCAUAGUUCGAAAGAUUCUUGCAAACACAAGCCUGCUUACCUGUAUAAGGCAAGCCAACAUCGGCUCUCUGUACAGUCAUUCCCAAACAAGACCAAGGGGUGAGGAUCGAUUGAUAAAAGUUCAAAGAGGUGGAGGGCUACAACUAAGCACAGCAGAAAUCGUGGCUAUGACGCCCAUUGAACUUGCGGUCCUCGGCGGCCAUCACAAAGUUGCUUCGCUACUGCUCAACCGCUAUCCUCGACGCAGCAUAUGGCAAGAUUCGUCAUUUUCUUUGGCUACUGCCAUUAGUCGCUGCGAUGAGAAUAUGGUCAAGUUACUAAUAGAGGCUGGUGCACCAAAGCUCAAAGCUUCUCGGCAGCUAAAAGGACCUAUCUGUACUGCUGUUGUCAACCGAAAGCUUGAGGUUGUCAAAUUUCUUUGUUGCUUUGAAGGCAAGAUCUGGGCGCAGCCGAAUUCCAAGUCAGAUGAAGUGACACAAGCUUUACUGUGUCUUUCCAGUGAUGCUGAUCCAAGCUCAUUCGAUGGAUCGGUCUUUAUACAGUACGCAGAAGCUUUACUUUGUGGAGGCGCAUCUCCAGAUGGCUUCAGUAUAGAUAGAGAAAACCGUGGCUUCAGAUAUUGGAAACGAGCUGUUAUGGGAUAUUUACACAGACAUGGCAUCACCCUCCCGAAUUUGGGACCAUAUCCCAAUAGAGAGACCCCUCUGAUGGUAUUCAUCCGUUCAACAGGCACAAACAGCUCUCUGUCUGACCCAGUAGAGGCUGUUCAGUUCCUCUUGGACUCCAGAGCAUCUAUCAACCAAACAGACCUCAAGGGUUGGACUGCAUUGCAUCACGUCGCCAACCAGAUUGCUCUUGGUAGAGCGAAGAAGAGUCACGAAGCUACAGAUGAUGUAGAAGAGUAUCAACUUUACAAGAUCGCCAAUCUUCUUAUUGCAGGUGGUAUUGAUCAAGAGCUAGAGGAUAGAGAGAAGCGCAAAGCCGCUGAUAUCCUGCGCGUGGUGGGAGCGCCGAUCUGGAAUAGAAAUAUCUCGGAAUAUGAAUCAUUUUUGAGGAGGGAGCCACUAAGUAGAAUGUCGCUUACAUAG